CGCAACAUGCACACACAGCAACUUCGUCACUCAGGGGCGGUAGUCUGGGCAUCUAUGUGGUGGUCUGGCUGUGUUUUAGUAGAUUUCAUGGAGAAUCGUCAAUUUCUCAAACAGGCGCACCGGGGGGACAUACUAUUUGACAGUUACUUAUUUAUACAUUAAGGUGAUAUUCGAUGUAGAGGUGAUUUGGACAUUUUCACACAUAUUGUCGCUGACCGAUGAGGACAGAAAGAACGUCUGUUCGAGGGGCUGUCAACUCUCGCCAGUUCUCAUCUCCGGGGCACCACCUCCAUUUGUGAUACCACUGCUGGCAGUUCCUGUUGGGAUCCCGGCUGUCGGUGCUGACAAAGUCGCUGCAGUCCAUCCAUUUCCGAUGGCCGAAUCCAAAAGAGAAGAGGAGGAGUUGAGAGACAUGCGGGACUUACGGAACCGAAAUCAAGCAACAGAUCGAGCGGAGAGGAAUAAGCCUGAGGUUUUUCAUUCCAGCCAAGGACCCCUAUCCUCGAUACGAGCCGCUAUCAAGAGAACGAGAACCAGCUCCCCAAGUGAACAGACAAGAGAGAGAAGACGUCCAGAGAUCACCAUACUCUCCGCUGAGCCGCUUGCCACCAACACCUGGUUCCCAGGGGCUUCUGGGGGAUUUACAGCACCGCCGCUGCCUCCCACACAGCCCAGCUGGGGAGGGAGCAAACAGACAGGCAGCCAGCCCCCGCCAUCCUAUGACCAGGUGAUUAAAGAGAAGACCCAGGAGGUCGUUGUCACGCCGACUGCUGCCCCCCGGAGGUCCAUCACUACAACCAUCGCCACCCAGACGGACCCGGUGGAGGACGAACCUGCCGCUGGUCCCGAAUGCACUGCGCCGCCUUCAGAGCCAGUUGAGACGAGACGAGCUUCAGUGAAAGUAAUACCGGCCAAGCCGCCAAGGCCGUCCUUGCCUAAGCCUUUGCAAAGUGAUUUUACCCCUGGAACAGCCGUGUCUGGCCUCGUCCUAGAAGGCCCAGCAGCCACAACAACCACUGAUUCAGCCGACCAAACUGACCCCAGGUCAGCCGUAGCGCAACACGGCCCCGCGAUAUCCAGCUGUUCAGCCUCACGCGCCCCGUCUCACUUGUCUUCGGUUUCUGUAGAAUGGGACGUGCCAAUAAAACCCUCUGAACCCAGUUCAGUUACUACGGACUCCUCAGAACCCAAACUUCCCCUCUUCGCGGAGCCAGCACCCACCGAACGCCCUACCCCACUUCCACGUUUAAAAUCCCGCAAACAGCCAGUCACAGACGAGGUCAAGGUACAGACUCUGGUCAGGGUUAGUGAUAAUGGUUCUGGCUCUGUAGCUGACGCAUCGGGCGAGGCUCCUCCCCCAGGGAAGUACCUACAGGAACUAUUGGACGUGUUUUAUCCCGAGGGCCGAUGCUACCAGAAUAGUGACUCUAGCGACUACCAGACACCAACCGACGGGAGCGGACAAAGCUGCGAGGAAAGUGACGAGGACGGCAACAUGGCCACCCUGCAGAGCCAGCGUAACAUCCGGGCCCGGAUCCAGGCGUUCGAGAGCCAGGAGGGCAGUGAGGAUCCAGGGUUCAAACGACCAGAGCCUCAACCUAGAAACACGCAGUUCAAGCCCCCCGUGGGGGCAGCCAAACCAGCCCCGGCCCUCGCCCCCAAGCCCUCGAUUAAAAGACCUGGAAAUAUCUACCAGGAGGCAAGCUCCAUGUUCUCCGACAACUCCAUUCCCUCCAAACCGAUCCCAGCACCCAGACCAGUGCUCCCUAGAAAACCCAGUUUUGUAGUCACCAGUGAACCAGAAUCAGAGGCUCAGCCCCCCUGUGAGACAGCCAACCUGUCCCGGUCCCGGCUCUCCAUAGCAGAAAGAGCCAAGAAACUUUUCCCCCAAGAGGUGGAUGAACCCAGAAUGGUACCACCUAACCCUCCGGAAAAGCCUCGCAAGGAGCCGCUGGGUGUCAACCUAAAUCUCAACAACCACAACUCGGCCUCAAUCCCCAUAGAGGCCAAUGCAGAGAACGAGUACAUGGACGACCCCUUUAUCAAGCCAGUCCGUAAUCCCGUGGGCGGCGACGCCUCCUUCAGCCGGCAGAGCGUAACCAGGAGGCCCACCACCAUCAGAGUGCCCAGUAAAGGCAACCUGCUCGACGAUGUCCUGGAGAACCCCCCACCCCUCCCUGCACAGAUGCCCGUGGGUUCUCUUCUGCCGACUGUGACCCGGAUGCAAAGCUUUUCAACCCGAGCUCCCGCACAGGACCCCUUUGAUUCUGAGCCCCCACUGGUCCUCCCUUCUCGGCCUGGUGGCGCCAAGUCCUUCCUCCCUCGCUCAGUGUCCUUUAAUAGUGAGCCUGUUCCGGGACUACCCCCUCGGCCAGGUGGUGCUAUGAUCUUCCCCGCCCGCUCAGUGUCCUUUGAUCCUGAGCCUGUUCCGGGCCUGCCCCCUCGGCCUGGUGGGGCUAAGGUUCUCCCCCCUCGCCCCCCUCCAGCUAAAGUUGGCCCCGGGAGGCCGCCCCCACCCCGGAUAGACAGCCCGCGUCAGUCCCCCUCCUUCCGGAGAGACCCGGUUUCAUUGCCUGUUCCAUCAGCCAAGCAGGCUCAGAAGCCCAAGAAGAAGGGACCGAUCCUGCCUCCAAGGCCCAACCCCGGCCACCGUCUUUACAACACGUAUACGCUUGGACUUCCUCAUGGGAUUGCAGAGUUUGACUACAACGGGAGAGAAACUGGGGAACUCUCAUUCCAGAAAAAUGAGGUGCUGCUGUUAGUCGAGCAGCUUGACUCCAAAACAUUUCAGUGCCAGGUAGGAGACAUCCAGGGCAGAGUUCAAAAGUCCUACAUGAAGAUCAUCACUCCUCUCGCCAGCGGCCCGGCCAAACCGGCGGCACAGAAUACCAGCCCAGUUGGGUCUCGUAGAGACAGAAGUAGUCUUCAGGUCCAAGCCCUCCAUGAUUUCAGCCCCGAGGGUCCAGGGGAGCUGGGUCUGAGAGUGGGGGAUGUGGUGACCGAUGUGGAGCAGGUAGACCGUGAGUGGUACCGAGGUUCCUGUAGAGGCUCUUCUGGCUUUUUCCCGGUCACCUAUGUCAAAGUCCUGCUGAAUGCCCCAACACCCACUAGUAAGAAGAAGUCCGGCCGACCUUCAGGACCGACUAGCGGGCCACGGUGUUUGGCACGGUUCGACUUCGAGGGGGAGCAGGGUGACGAGUUGACCUUCAAUGAGGGGGACGUGAUCCAGCUGAAGGAGUACCUGGACGAGGAGUGGGCAAGGGGACAGAUGGGGACCCAAAUGGGAAUCUUCCCUCUAAACUUUGUGGAGGUCAUCGAGGACCUCCCCCCGCCUCCACAGCUACAACGACGGCAGUCGGCCCCCACCAGGGUGGCCCUUCCUGGCCUGGCUUCUUCCACGAAGACCCACGAGGCCACCAAACCGGUCCAGUCACUCUCGUCAGGCGGCGUGGAGUGGGCCGUGGCGCUGUACGACUACGAAGGCGAGACGGCGGAGGACCUGUCCUUCCAACUGGGCGACCGUAUCCUGGUGACACAGCACCUAGACGCCGAGUGGUGCUCUGGCAGGCUCAACGGGAGAGAGGGAUUAUUCCCGAGCUCCUACGUCGAAAUGAGCUCAGGACACUCUCCGGUGUUGGACAAACAGGGAGUCACUAACGGAAGAGGAAGCUGCGGGAAAGCGCUGUACGACUUCACAGCCGAAUGUGACGAGGAGCUCUCCAUGAAGGCGGGGGACAUCAUCACCGACUUGGAGUCCAUCGAUGACGAAUGGUUCCUUGGGAGAUUGAGGGGAAAGCAGGCCCUGGUGCCGAAAAACUAUGUGCAAGUUCUGACAUGAGUGUUUAUCAUGGGGGAACAGGAACCAUUUUGGGUUGUUGAAUAAUGGCAUUGAACUAUGAGAAUCUGAGAGACUAUAUUAAACUAGUUAUUCCAAAUAAUCUACGUGCCUUUCUCCACUGGACAGCAGUAUUCCACUUCAAACCUGGAAACUAGAAUGUUGUCCAGUCACCCCCCGUGUUGGGCUGUUUUAAGAUGCUAAGUUUUUAUAUUUAUGUGAAACUAAUAAAAUAAGUUUGAGAAUGACUGGUUAUGACUGACUGUAAACUGAAUGCGUAUUGUCUGAGAAUACAUCCUGGAGAAACCCUUGCCUUAAGAGUUCCAAUCACUUUAGUAAUUGGCACACCAUGUAAAACCUACAUUUCUGAAUAUAAUUUUACAGCAUUAGAGAUCAUAUUGUGCAUUACUGGCAGCCAGGUCAAACAUUGAAACUGUUGGAAUACUACAUUUCCUGGACAUUGAUCUAAUGUAACAGCAUUCAUAUAGUUUCACAUUUGUCUGCCCAAACCUUACUGUUCAAUACUGAGAUUUGAACCUGUGUUAUGUCAAAUCCAAUAAAACAAUCAGAUCAGA